AUUUGAUAAAAUAAAGUACCGGUAGGUUAGAAUAUCUCAAAAAGCUGCAAGGAAAUGCCACAAUCCAGACGAAUUCAAGAACAGAUGAGUGAACCACGAUGACAGUCAUUAUCUACAAAUGAAGUCUGCCUCCUACGCUUGAAAGCACCUUGUAAGCAGCAGCGCCCAUUGAGCUCGGAAUGGAUGAAUUGUUCAGGAUGCCUGCUGCUGUCGAGUGGGACAAUGUGAAGAAGCUUGACCCUCUGACCCUCCACGAAAGUUAUAAAGAUGAACUGGACAGUGUCAUCAAUCUACUCACAUCGACAGAAGAGUGGGAGGUGGAGCGGCGAACUCAAGAGGAUGUUAUACACAUCUUGCGAGUGUUUCAGGCCUUGCUCAAGAUGAAGCAUCAGGAAGCAGCUUUGGCUGAAGAGUUAGUGGAGGCACAAGAGAAAAAUGAAAAUGCGAUUCUCGCCAAGGUGUCCAGACUUGAGGAAGAGCUUACGUAUGCCGGUACAGGACCGGACAACAGUUUUCUAAGGAAUGAGAUUCGACAGCUGAAGGGCCAGCUGGUGCGCAAGGAGGAGAUGAUCAAUCAACUGAAGAAGGAAAUAAAUAGGGAGAAGAAGACCACAGAGAAGCUGUUUUCACGAGCAGAGGCUGCUGAGGAAGACCUGAAGACAUUGAAAAAAGAGAAUACACAGCUCCAGCAGGACAUAGACUUCUAUCAGGAAGAAUUGGCACUUAAGGAGUCAGAUGCGUCCAAAAAUGAGAAUGCAGAGACUCAGAGAAAGCUUAUUUCGACAACCCGUCAGCUCACCCAGUACAUGGACAACCUUCUGCAAGCAGAGGACGAGAUCGCGCGGCUGAAGGAGGACACACUCCGCAUGGAGAAAUGCAUGAUGGAUUCAACCAAGGAGAUGGAGAAGAUGACUAACGAGUAUAAUCAGAUCAAGAUGGCUGUCCAUCAGUGUGACACCGAAACAGACAAGCUGAGGAAAGAGAGGGAUCGUGCCCAGCUUCAGAUAAAAGAGCUGACGCAGAAGAUAAAUGACAUGAUGGAAGAGGACGGGCCCAUAAUGGCAGCAGUGGAUGCACAAGUGGACCAAUGGAAGAAAGUGCUCUCUGAAAAGAACGAGGAGAUUUUGGUCUAUCAGCAUAUGAUCUGUGACGUUCAGCAGAAGUUGCGUAUGGCGCGGUUGGACACUGAGAGAAACAACAUUCUUUCCUUGCAACAGGCUGUGGAAGAGCGAGAUGGUCGCAUCGAGAUCUUGAGAGAGCAAGUGGAGCAAUACACUAUUGAAAUGAAGAAGCAGACGCUCUUUAUGGAAGCUCUGAAGGUUCCCAAAAUGGAAAGUGCAACGCUCGUCCAUCAGAGAAAAAUGAAGGAGCUCCAGUACAAGUGGAACGCUGCCGAGGUAAGGGCUGCAGAAGCGGAGGAAGCUUCCAAACUCGCCCAAGCCCACGCAGAGGAAAAAGACCGGGAGAUUAUUGAGGUCUCCAAGCGCCUGACAGAGUAUGAGCGUGGCAUUCAUGGCUUGGAAGAAGCAGUUAGUGAGAUCAGGGAGUGUAAAAUUCAAAUCCGAAGGAGAGAUUUGAAUUUGGAGGCAGUGACCAAAGAGAUCAAUCAAGCAUACAUAACGAUGGAACAGCUCGCAGAGGAAAACGAGGACUUCCGCGAAAGACUUGGGUAUGAACCCAGUCAGGUUGUGGACCUGAGCAGGUUCAGGCGAGCCAGAGGCCUCAAACAACGACAGUACAAAGCUGAAAAUCAAAUCCUUACUAAAGAAAUUGAACGUCUUGAAGAGGAGCGACUGGAAAUGAAGAAACAAGUCCGACAAUUGGCCAAGCAGACUGUGCUUCCACCGUCCAUCUUGGAGGAGGACAACAUCACAAAUGCUAAAAAACUGCAGCCUACUCUUACACAAAACAGCAACGUUCCUGAAAACGAAGAGCCACAGCUUUUAAAGCCAUGCAUGCCAACUAGUGACCCCUCUGAUGGAGACAAGAGAAUCCCUGUUGAAAUAUCUCAGGGUGAACUUGGGGAAGAUGUAAUGAUACAAAAGAGGGAGGCGGAACUCCACAACUACCAACUCCGGUCCAAGAGGCUGUCACCAACCGUCUUGGUGGAGGACAAUGUCACACACGUAGUAAAAAAGCCACCAAAUUUUACUCGAAGCAGCAACGCUCACGAAAACAAAGCAGCACAAGUAAAGCUGCUAAAGACACAUCGGAUGCCAACUGGUGACACUGCUGAGGGAGACAAGAGAAUCUCCGUUGAAACAUCUCAGGGUGAAUUUGUGGAAGAUGCGGUGAUGAUGCCAAAAAGGGAGGCGGAGCUCCAGCCUAAGCGUAAUUGGCUGUCACAGUCUGUCUUGCAGAAGGACAAUGUUACACACGUAAAGCAGCCACCAACACUUAUUCAAAACAUCAACGCUCACGAAAACAAGGAGGCACUAUUAAAGCUGUUAAAAACACAUCACAUGACAUUUCAUGACACCGCUGAAGAAGACAGGAGCAUCUCUGUUGUAACAUGUCAGGGAGAAUGUGGGGAAGAAGCGAUGAUGAUGCGGAGGAAGGAGGAGGGACUCCACAGAUACCAGCUCCAGCUUAAGCUGGAGCUACUCUCAAAAGAGAAAGAAGCUUUAGAGGCUGCAGUCAAAGAUGUUCUUGAGGCCCUGAAGGCUAAGGACACCACAAAUAUCCCUAGUCUGCAAAAGCUGGCCAAUCAAGAUCUAAAGGUCUUCGUCACUGAUACGUUGGCGAGCCUCCAAGCGGACUACACGAAGGCCAUCCAGGAGAAGAUGAACAUUGAGAAGGAGAGCAAGAGAACGAUUCACACUUAUGACCAGAGGUUUCAGGAGAUGAAGCAGACCUGCAAUUAUUUGGAGGAGAAACUAAAGGAAAAGUCCAGUUUUGAGGCAGACAGCCAGGCUGCCCUGAUGCUGGCUUACAAGAGCAUAAAAGAUCUACAAUGUCGACUCAACAACAAAGAAGAAGUGAUCAAAAAGUACCAGAACCAGCUAAUUAAAGCGGGAAAGAAUCAAGAAGAUUUGAUAAAGUCACACGCCGAGGAGAUGAAAAUGUUGUAUGAGAAGUUGGACUCCAACAACAACCUGGCCCUGGAACGCCUCAGACGCAAGUCCUUUCCACAGGAAGCCAUUAAGAACCCUAGCAUCACCACGCCGCUGUCCAAACAUCUGGACCAUGUGGCUGAGUUGGAGCAGAUGGUGGCUGAGCAGGACGUGUCUCUCGCGUCUGCUAAUAGGAAGCUAAAGAUGGCCACCACUGAAUUGGAGCGACAAAAGGCUGCCAUGGAAAUACAGAUCAAGAAGCAUGCUGAUGAGAUCUCGAAGCUCAGGAGGGCUCAUACAGUGGAGAUGGAAGAUGCAAACUUUGAGUCCAACGACCAGAGGAGCCAAAUAGUGAAGCUUAAGAAAGAGAUUGACUCUCUCCAGAAUGAGCUGGAGAGCCAAAAGGAGGCCAAUGUUGUGUCGGCGAGUAACACCUUGAAGAACGUGGUGGAACGCCAGAAGGAUAAGCUCCUUUACAAAGAGAAACAGAUCAAGGCUCUGAGCAAAGUACUCCUUGGAAUGCGGGCCCAGGUGACUUCGGCUGCAGAACAGGUCUUGACUUCACAGACUGAGGAAAAACUCAGCAUUCAGAAGUUGGUCGACAAGCAGACUAAAGACCUCAAGGAUCAGGUGCAAGAUCUUAAUGACCAACUAGAGACAGUAAACGUCGCGUCCAGAAAGAACGAAACUAGACUGAAGGUUCAAUUCGACAACCUCAACAAGAAGCUGCAGAGGAGUCUCAACAUUCAGAAGGCGCUUCGUGUUCAGUUGGAGGAGAAAGAACAGGCGUUCCAAGAGUUGGAGAAGCAAAUCAAGAGCCGCAGUGACACCGCUCAGAGUAAAGAGAAAGUAGAACAGUGGGAGGAGGCUAAGAAGUGGCAGUCCAGGUUGGAAAAGGUGAAGAGUGUUCUGAAAGACAAGGAACAACAAAACUACUUCCUGUCAUUGCAACUCAAAACUAUAAAAGACCUUUAUGCAAAGCUUGAGCGAGAGAGGAACACAGUACAGAAGAAGACCAAGGCCAAAGGAUUUACAGCUGAUCCGGUAGUAGAGGCAGCUCAGUUGAUGACCACCAAACAAGAGCAAUCUAUGAAUGUUAAGGUCUGUGAGGAUAAGAACCAAUCACAGGAGGAAACACCGCAAACCUUACAAACACAAAUUUCCACCAAGGCUCUUGAAGCAUCACUUCGUUUGCUUCAGGUGCCAAAGAAAGAGGCCGAGAUGCCGUUGCAAAGUGACAUUGAGAAGGAAAAUCUAAAAUUGGGCCCGGAGAAUGUUCACCUGCACCUCCAGCUCACGCCGGCUAACUUAGACUUGCCGAGAUUCAAGAUGGACACAUUAAACAUUCCUGAAAGUUUGGGAGCAGAAACAUCUCUCAACAAUGUCAGUACAAUAAACAAAGACAACGUGGAGUGUGAAGGAAAGCCAGAGGAGAUAGGCGAGCUACACGAGAAGAUGCCUCAAAGUGACAAAGAUGACAAGGUGCCAAAAAAUCCUGUUCAAGCAACUGAAGCUGAGAAAGGCCACGACCCCGCGUAUUGGUCAGCUUUCUUUCUGAAAGAAAGAAGAACAAAGAAGUCCUGUGCUAAAGAGAAAAGCAAUCCCAACGACAAAGAUUUUAACUUUUACAAAUGAAAUGCCUCAAUGAAUCUUUUUUUCCCUAUGAACGGUUUUCAAAAUCUUUAUUGGUGGAUUUUCUCAAGUUAAAGCGCCACACAGAAAUUAUUAAAUUUAUUUGUGUAAGCAAGAUUUUUAUUCUUAUUAUUUAAUUACAGGUGUUUUAGCUUAUUUCAAUUUAUUUUAUUUAAAUGGGCUAUUAUUUAUUUCAUUAUGUUUAUAUUUUACAAAUGUGAUGUAGUAUUCAUUUAUAUUGUAUAUUUUAUGUUGUAUAGCUUUAGUUCCUAUGUGAAUAUUAGUUCCUACUUGUUUUGUUGUGGUAGGAGGGUUUUGUAUUGAACACAGGGCCAUGUUGGUUAUUAUUAUAGCAGAGAAGACAGCAGUAAAUCAAGUCAACUGUGCCCCGAUCUACCACUCAAGAUCUGAUGGACUCAAAAAGUGGGUUACGAUUGCAUAUUAGUUUGAAAAUCGACCGGAUCCACCGUAUUUUUACACGAGGGACUUCCGGUCUGCCUGAUCCUAGCGAGUAGUAUUGACGCAGGAGGGCCGCAUCUCACAUCAAAUAAACUCUGCCGUUCUUUUCGCGUGUGUUGCGUUGAGCCGCUUCUGGGACGCGUCUAACACGCGGCCGCACUGUGACUGGUGUGCAUUGACUGUGUUCUCGCGGCGGCCACGUUGUCGCACCGUUGACGUUUCUGGGUAAUAUACUGUUUUACCGUGUUGGUCCUCAUUAUAGUAGAGAAGACGGAGUAAAUAUAAUCUACACAAAGAAACUGUAACCCGAUCGACUCACAGCCUCGAAAAGUAAGGGUUACAUCACGUCAGAAACUUGUUUGGUAAGCCUCCGUUUUGAACCGAGCACCCCGUACCGAAACGGUUCAAUACAAAUACAUGUACCGUUACACUCUUAUUACUAACGCAUCUUGUUCUUUAUACAUGUUGCUAAUGCCGCCGUGUCUGUCAUUUGCAUCUAGUUCUAUAAUAUGUGAUAUCUACCGUAGCAUCAUGUGGGCGUAGUUUGUAGGCUAUUGGCUACAGUCAAGUAUUAUUGGAGCCACCUAGCAUCGGGUUUGCAGUGGCGUCAGACCUCCCUUGCCUCCUCCCCACUCCUGCUCUGCUCUCUCGUCUCCGCGAGUCAGUCUCUCUCAGAAUUUUCUCGCGUCAUUCAACCAACAUAGUAACGCAUAGUAACGUACGCCUUUCCCGCCUCAGUAACGGUGACGGCGUUGCCAAGAUGAGAAAAGUAAUUUAGAUUUCUCACUACUGCAAAAAAUAACGCCGUUAGUAACGCCGUUAUUAACAACACUGGUGGCCAUAUACCAUAUACUACAGAGCUGCAUACCAGAUUUCCUUUGUGACAUCAGCUUCUGUAUGCAGACCGCUGACAAUGUUCAAUUGCUCGGCCUGUAGAAAGGACAGAAGAAAAGUAUUUAGGCCCCAAGUUUCCCCAAUAAGCCAUGUAGAGAAUUGGCCAGUUUCAGCAGUAGACUGCGUAUUUUGUUCCACCCUUGUCUCGCAUGUUUGGGUACAUGCAGGAGUGAAAAUGGGCUGGAACGCUGUUCCGGUAUACGGUGCUUUGAUCUCGAAAAUAUAACUUGUCUGCAACUGUCAAAACCCAAGGUAAAAAAAAAAAACAAGAAAACUGCCAGGCUGCCACACACUCUUCUCCACGAAGAAAACAAUCUACCUUGACAGGUGGAAAAGCGCUAUAUAAGUAUAACACCACCAACAUCAGAUUUACUGUACGUACAAGUGUUAACAAGCAUAAUAAAGUGCUUGUGUAGCGUAACCCUUCUCCACCAAUAUUAAUUAUUUAUUCAUUCAACGGACGGCACGGAGGUUUCCCCAGAUGAUGCAGUUAUCAGAGUAUGACGAUAACGAGUCACGUCAAUGUGCACUCAGCAAAGCAAACCACCCUAAAUUCAGUUGUUUGUUCAAUUUGCUGACAUACUGACAUGUGAUCGGCAGUUAUAGUAGUAUGAAAAAGUAUCUGAAGCUUUUUGGUAUUUCUGACAUAUCUGCAUAAAAUCACCAUCAAAUGAGAUCUGAUCAAAUCACACAGAUUAAAAAGUCUGCUAUAACUAAAAUCACCUAAACAUUGAAAGAGUCUGCUACAACUCAACCCAACUAAACAUUGAUAGGUUUUCAUAUUUUAAUGGGGAUAGCAUGCAAACAAUAACAGAAGGGGGGAAAAAAAAUAAGUGAACCAUCACAUUUAAUAUUUUGUGGCCUCCAACCUUUGGCAGCAAUAACUUCAACCAGACGCUUCCUGUAGCUGCAGAUCAGUCCAGCACAUCGAUCAGGUCUAAUCUUGGCCCAUUCUUCUCUACAAAACUGCUGUAGUUCAGUCAGAUUCCUGGGAUGUCUGGCAUGGAUCGCCAUCUUUAGCUCAUGUCACAGCAUCUCAAUGGGGUUUAAGUCUGGACUUUGACUCAACUCCAGAACGUGUAUUUUCUUCUUCUGAAACCAUUCUGAAGUUGAUUUACUUCUGUGUUUUGGAUCAUUGUUUUGUUGCAGCAUCCAUCCUCUUUUGAGCUUCAACUGUCUGAGAGAUGGCCUCAGGUUUUCCUGUAAAACAUCCCGAUAAACGUUUGAAUUCAUUCUUCCAUUAAUGAUUGCAAGUUGGUCGGGCCCUAAGGCAGCAAAACAGCCCAAAAUCAUGAUGCUUCCUCCACACAUGACGUUGUGUGUUGCUCCCAAACAAUUCAACUUGGGUUUCAUCAGUCCACAAAAAUUUUGCCAAAACAUCUGGAGUGUCCAAGUGCCUUUUUGCGAACAUUAAACUAGCAUCAGUGUUUUUUUUUUAAGACAACAUUGGCUUCUGCCGUGGAGUCCUCCCAUGAACACCAUUAUUGGCCAUAGUUGAUGUGUGCACAGAGAUAUUAGACUGUGCCGGUGAUUUCUGUAUGUCUUUAGCAGACACUCUAGGGCAGGGGUCUCCAACCCAGUCCUCAAGACCCACUGUGGGUCCUAGUUUUUGUUCCAGCAGAGACAGUUGAACCAAUGAGGAUUCUGCUAAAACAAGCUACACCUGACUGCGAUCAACUGAUUGCACUUGUAAAACACCAGUUUGGGGAAAAAGUGUUGUCACCUUGUAUGGUAGGAAUGAAAUCCUGCACCCACAGUGGGCCUUUGUGGAAUAGGUUGGGGACCCCUGCUCUAGGGUUUUUUUUGUUUUGUUUACCUCUCUGAGCAUUCUGCGAUGAACUUUAGUCGUCAUCUUUGAACUUUAGUCAUCAUCUUUGGUGGACGGCCACUCCUUGGGAGAGAAGCAAAAUUUCCAAACGCUCUCCAUUUGAAGACAACUUCUCGGACUGUCGAUUGAUGAACAGCCAGACUUUUAGAGAUGGUUUUUGUAUCCUUUCCCUGCUUUAUACAAAUCAACAAUCCUUGAUUGCAGGUCUUCAGACAACUCUUUUGACCGAGCCAUGAUGCACAGUUGCACACCAGACAAUGCUUUUCAUCAAGACAUUUCUUACUAGGUGUGUGUUUUAUAGUGGGCAGAGCAGCUUUAAACCAGUCAUCAGUGAUCGGCACACACCUGACUUAAAAUGUUUGGUAACAUUUUUUUAAGUCUCCUUAGGGAGAGGAUUCACUUACUUAUUUUCCCCCUUCUGUCAUUGUUUGCAUGCUAUCCUCUUUAAACUAUGAAAACCUAUAAAUGUUUGGGUGGUUUUAGUUAAAGCAGACACUGUAUUUUCAUCUGUGUGGUUUUGAAAAAGAUCAGAUCACAUUUGAUGGUUAUUUUAUGCAGAAAUUCCAAAAGGUUCGGAUACUUUUUCAUCCUACUUUAGGUAGCUCUGAUUCGUAUUGGUUCAAAUGCACAUUUUCUGGAACAGAAAAACAGCUAAAAAGAACAAGCUUGUUGAAGUGAUGCUAUAAAAAACGGGUAAUUAAACAGAAAACUGAUCAAAUCUUAAAGAGCAAGGAAAGAGUUGAACAGGCUUAUGUAUUAUUUAUUAUUUGCUCUAAUGGGGAGGUUCAGAAAAUCUUACCUGUCAAUGUGCAUUUUGGACAACUUAUUUAUUGCCUUAUGAUUUAAAAAAGUCAAUGUUUGCGCAAUCUUCAAAAUAUAUUCCAUUUCACUGCGCAUAAUAUAAGUGAUUUGUACUUUUGUGAAUGUGUGUUACUUUUAUCUUUAUUAAAAAACUAAAUGUAAAUGUUUACAUCAACCUAAAUUUUAAUGUACAUCCUAUGUUCUUAAGUAGUUAAAAUUGAGAUUUUGCAUUUCGAUGUGAGGAAAUGAGGGAAAAUAAAAAUUAGGAGAUGGGGUUGAGGUUACUGAUGUUUUUGUUAACUUUUGUUUUGAAAAUCAUUUAAAAAAAAAAAAUUUUGAAUGAAAUCAUUUUUUUUAUGUCUUAUAUGAAUAACUGUGCCAAAAACAGUUUUCUUUGCCUUUCAGUGGUUUUAGGAGGUUUGACCUCCCUCCCCCCAAAAAAAUCUGGCUCUGUGGUGACCCUCAUAUCAGGGAGUUUCGGCAAGAAACUCUAGCCACUUUCAUCCCUGGGACCUCUGUCAGAAUACUCACACAAGUAGACCAAUUCACAGUGGGAAGUCACUAGGGGUGUGCCAUCUUAGGCACCCCACGAUUCGAUUCGAUUACGAUUCAG